AUGGAAUGCGCAUACAAUGACUGCAUAAAGAAACCUUGGUUAGAGGAAGGUCUAGCCUCGAAUAUAAAUGAGAACUUCCUCGAAAGCCAGAUCUUUUUGAAUUCAGUCAAGGUAGUUGAUUCACUCUCAAACUCCUGUAUGAGCUCAUCAAUGUCCAGCUUGAAUGGUCCAUCACCUCCUUGCUUUCCUUAUAUCUCGAUAAACUAUAAUCUUGUCCUCACCUACGUUGUUGAAGCAUCACCUAAUGUGAAAUCUUGGUGCUAUUGGAUAUCUUUUCACUUGAGAAAAAAAAAUGGUUGGAAAAAGAAACAAACUCUAGGAAGCAAGCUAAGUAGGUCUGAGAUUCACCGUAUUUCUCAAGUAAUGUUAGUUAUUGGCCACAGUAUUACGGGACGUUGUGGGAGAGAGAUGAGGGAGAUAGAGUUUCGGUUACAGAGGUGGGGGAGAGAAGAGGGAGAACUUGUGUUGACUUGGUUGAAAUUGGGAGGUUACCGAUAUAAAGCAAAAAUCAAUGAAAGAGAAAAAGUUGUUUUCAUUUUCGGACUUGAAAUGGAACUGAGGCUGGGGGCUUCCCGGAGGCGGCGAGGUGGAGAGGAACGAGAUGAAGAGAGUGUUCGGAUAUCUUUAGCGUCGGUGGCAGCGGCUGGGAGGAGGAGGGGAAGGUAG